AUGUUAGCACCACGUGGAAAUCGUUAUGUUCUAUGCAUAACAGAUCAUUUCUCGAAAUGGGUAACAGCGGUGCCGUUGCCAAACUGUACAGCUCAAACAACUGCUGAAACCAUAUUUACUGAAUACAUAUGUAAAUUCGGAGUACCAACAGUCAUUCUAUCGGAUAAUGGUACACAUUUUCAAAAUCAGUUGAUGUCAGCGUUAACGUAUUUAUUAGGUCACAAUCAUAUAUAUUCCACAACUUAUCACCCUCAAACCAACGGUACGUUACCACCGGAUCAAAGCCCAAAGACGUUGGCAUUUAAUGAACCGUGCGACUAUUAUUAUCAACUUCAAAAGAACCUUAAGAUCUAUCAUAAAUAUGCGCGUGAAAACAUGAUUCAUCUGCAACAGCUUUCCAAACAACGAUAUGAUCGUAAUCGAGCAGAUCCGCAUUAUCAAGUUGGAGAUUUAGUUUUAACACGAUAUUAUGGGAGGAAACAUAAACUGAUCGAAAAAUUUUCAAGAACGCCAUCCAGAAUCAUUGAAGUCAAGCAUCCAGUUUAUUGGGUGGAAGAUGUUGAAAUGAAGGCAGUGACACGAGUACAUGUUAAUGAUUUACGUCUCGUGCUGCAAAAACAAAAAUAA